AUGGUUCUUAAAAACCUUGGGGCCCGGCGACCACCACCCAGGAAGAUCAUCAUGGGCCUGUCUUUGCACGACGAUGUUCAGCUGAAGAAAUCAGAGAAUGCCUGGAAACCAGGCAUGAAGAGGGAAAGCCUCCCAGCGGAACCAGAGUCCAACAAAACACAGGACCUGUUCAAGAAGGUCCGCAGCAUCCUGAACAAGCUGACGCCGGAGAAGUUCAGCCAGCUGGUGAAGCAGGUGUGGGACCUGACCAUCGACACUGAGGAGCGGCUCAAAGGAGUCAUUGAGCUGGUGUUUGAAAAGGCCAUCGACGAGCCCAGCUUCUCGGUGGCCUACGGGAAAAUGUGCCGCUGCCUCGCCACGCUCAAAGUGCCCAUCACUGACGCUCCCAACAACACAGUGAACUUUCAAAAGCUGCUGCUAAGCCGCUGCCAGAAGGAAUUUGAGAGAGACAAGGUGGAUGAUGUGGUGUUUGAGAGGAAGCAGAAGGAGCUGGACUCUGCUGCAUCGGUAAGUACGGAGCGUGACCGACUUCAGGUAGAGCUGCAGGUGGCCAAGGACAUUGCCCGGCGGCGAUCCAUCAGCAACAUAAAGUUCAUUGGUGAACUCUUCAAGCUAAAGAUGCUAACGGAGGCCAUCAUGCACGACUGCGUGGUGAAGCUGCUGGGGAACCACGACGAAGAUUCCCUGGAGUGUCUCUGCAGGCUGCUCACCACAAUCGGCAAGGACUUUGAUUUAGUGAAGGCCAAGCCUCGGAUGGAUCACUAUUUUAAGCAGAUGGAAAAAAUCAUCAGAGAGGGGAAGACGUCUUCACGGACAAGGUUCAUGUUGCAGGACACCAUAGACCUGAGAUUGCACAAAUGGGUGUCAAGAAGAGCCAACCAGGGUCCAAAGACAAUUGAUCAGAUCCACAAGGAGGCAAAGCUUGAAGAGGAAGAGGAGCAGAGAAAAGUGCAGCAGCAACUGUACUUCAAGGACACCAGGAGACGGCCAGAUCCAAGGGAGCAGAGGGAGCAGAGAGAGCAGAGACAGCAGAGACAGCAGAGAGAGCAGAGACAGCAGAGAGAGCAGAGACAGCAGAGAGAGCAGAGGGAGCAGAGAGAUCCGCAAGUACAGGGAGAGGAGACCUGGAACACUGUGCCCAUGAGGAAGAAUGGCAGGACCAUCGACCCCAACAAGAUCCCAAAGAUCUCCAAGUUCGACCCCUCACCUCAACCCUCCACCACUCCUCCACAGAACCCAGACAUCGACGCCGGGACAACUCACGGAAGUCGUAGCCGUACAGAAAAAAAGUGCAGCAACAAGCCGCUGAUCUCUGCACCGAAAGUCACCGAGGUCAAAUCUGAGCCAGAGCGCAGCAGAGUCCGAGAGCCUGUGAAACCUGAGCCUGUCCAGAUGAGAGAGAAACCUGCUCGGUCUGAGGAGGAGAUCGAGAGGAAGUGCAAGUCCAUCAUCGACGAGUUCCUGCACCUUAAAGAUUUCAAGGAGGCUGUCCAGUGUGUGGUGGAACUUGAUCUGGGCUCUCAGUCUCACAUCUUCAUACGCGUGGGGGUGGAGUCGACUCUGGAGCGCAGUCAGAUCACACGGGACCACUUGGGCCAGCUCCUCUUCCAGCUGGCGCAGAAGGGAAUCCUGCCCAAACCCCAGUUCUACAAAGGGUUUGCAGACACGCUGGAGCAAGCGGACGACAUGGCCAUCGACGUUCCCCACAUCUGGCUGUACCUGGCCGAGCUGCUCAGCCCUGUGCUGAAGGAGGGGGGCUUCUCUAUGAGAGAGCUCUUUAGUGAAUUAAGCAAACCUUUGCUUCCUAUGGGAAGAGCUGGGAUCUUGAUCUCUGAAAUACUGCUCAUACUAUGCAAUCAAAUGGGCCAUCGUACUGUGGCUUCUCUGUGGGAAGAAUCAGGCCUCAACUGGACUGACCUUCUGCCGGAGGAAGAGGACGUCCAGGCUUUCAUCUCACAACAGGUCAGUGAUGAAGAUGAUGCGCCAAACAUGCAGGCUUUGAACAGCCUUGCAGAGUCAGAGACUGAGCUGGAGACAGCCGCCGUUGAGCCUUCUCUCAUGCCCCCCGCUUCACUACAGCCCCAAGCCUCUAGUCCUGCUUACAGAGAGGCCUCCUCUGAAACUUUGCCUGCUGACACCACUCCUCAACAGAACCCCAAAUUCGACGCCGGGACAACUCUGGGAAGCCGUACAGGCAGGAAGCGCAGGAAGAACAGAAAGCGCAGCGCAAAGCCGCUGAGCUCUGCACCGUCUCAGCCGGAUCUGUACACAAGGGGAAGCAGCUCAAAGGAGCUGCUGGAGAGUCCAACCCCGGAGGAGCCGCCAAGAGACAGCGAGCCAGAGGGAGCUGUGCCUAGGAGACCGAAUGUCUCAGAGGACGAAUCUGAGCCAGAGGGCAGCAAGGAUGCGCCAAACCGGCAGGCCAACCCACCUGAAGCGGCCAACUCAAGUGAGCGUCUCUCAGCCAAGGAACCAGCCUCUUCUCACUUGUCCUCAGUCGAGGAGCUGAAACCCUCUUUGGUGCCACCUCAGACUCUGAACACAGACAAGCCUCUCUUAGACGCCCCUGGAACUCUGGCUGCCUUGUCUGGAGCAGCCCCCUUGGCUUUGAACAGCCUUGCAGAGUCAGAGACUGAGCUGGAGACAGUCGCCGUUGAACCUUCUCUCAUGCCCCCCCCUUCACUGCAGCCCCAAGCCUCUAGCCCUGCUUACAGAGAGGCCGCCUCUGAAACUUUGCCUGCUGACACCACUCCUCAACAGAACCCAGACAUCGAAGCCAGGACAACUCUGGGAAGCCGUACAGGCAGGAAGCGCAGGAAGAACAGAAAGCGCAGCGCAAAGCUGCUGAGCUCUGCACCGUCUCAGCCUGAUCUGUACACCAGGGGAAGCAGCUCAAAGGAGCUGCUGGAGAGUCCAACCCCGGAGGAGCCGCCAAGAGACAGCGAGCCAGAGGGAGCUGUGCCUAGGAGACCGAAUGUCUCAGAGCACAAAUCUGAGCCAGAGGGCAGCAGUGUCUUUAGUCCUGCUUAUAGAGAGGCCGCUUUGCCUGCUGACACCACUCCUCAACAGGACCCACACUUCGAACCCAAAUGUGUGAAGGAGAACCUGGCUGAAUCUCACCUGAGCUCGUCUCCCUACCUGAGGGCGUUGAUGACGGCUGUGUGUAAGGCAGCAGUGAAAGAUAACACCAACUGUCGAGUGCACACGGCCCUCAUUCAAAAGAGAUUACCUGUAUUGCUCCAGUACCGGAACUCAGAGAGUGAGCGACAGCUGCAUGCUCUUCAGGAACUUCAGUCGCUGAUCGUCGCCCUCGAUCAUCCUCCAAACCUCCUCCGGAUAUUCUUCGAGUGUAUGUACGACGAGGACGCAUUCUGCAAGUCGGGGACGAGAAAAGACCCGGCCAAUCAGCUGGAUAAGGGCGUGGCCCUGAAGACCGUCACAGCCUUCUUCACCUGGCUGCGGGAGGCGGAGGAGGAGUCGGAAGACAAUUGACAAGUUUGG